AUGCCAAAAUUCAAGUUAACAUAUCUGAAAAUGCGAUGGUUAGGAGAAGGAGCAAGACUGUUAUUCCACUAUGCUGGUGUAAAUUUCGAAGAUGUUCAAAUUGAGCAAGAAAAAUGGCCAGAACUUGGUUUAAAAAAUCCAUUUGUAUAUCAACCCACAUUGGAAGUUGACGGGGUUGUGAUAGAUCAGAGUGCAGCAAUUUAUCGAUAUUUGGGCAAAUUUUUUGAUUUGGUUCCCGAAUCACCAAUAGACGCUGCAAUUGUGGAUUCUAUUUAUGAUGCACAUACAGAUUUUUUAACCGAAAUUACAGAAUUUCUUCUAGUUGACGGCAACUACAAGGAGGGAGAUAAGGAUAAACUGAUCAAUGAAGUAGUUUAUCCGGCUCGAGAUCGUUAUUUUACUGCACUAAGUAAGUUCCUUAAAUCUUCCAACAGCGGUUUCCUGGUUGGCAGUGCAGUAUCAUGGGCUGAUAUAAUUAUCAGUGAUAAUUUAUAUGUCAUCAAUAAUAUUGUACCAAUUUUUGAUGGUUAUGAAGAGGUGAAAAAAUUUGCUGAUUAUAUACAUACAUUGUCAACUUUACAGGAAUAUUUAAAAUCUCGACCUCCCAGCAAAUACUGA